CAAAUCCCAACAAAUUCGCGACCUUUCAAGAACACUCCACAGCAUCAGCUCGCUUAUUUAGUUUCCUUUGGAAGUUCAAACUCUAUGAACUAGUAACCAACAGCUCUCUUUUCUCUCUUCAAAAAUCAAAAUUCCUCUCUCCAUUCCCACUCAAAGCCCUUAUCUUUAUCUUUAAUUUCCUUUAGCUCAGCUCCUUUUUACUCGUCCUUCGCUGCUUCAGCAAUGGCAGCGACCACAGCGGCGUCGCUUGCCGGAGUCAGUCUCUGCCGUCCGCCUAAAAGUAAUGGAAAAUGCUUGUUUCCGCAGUCUCUGAACAUCUCAUCGGCAAACCGCUGUUCUCUUAAGCCGUUUCAAUUGAAAAAGAAUAGAACUUGUGGUUUUGGUGGUUAUGAGCCAAUUUCAAGAAACCGGAGGUCUUUCUCUAUCAGAUGUGAUGCCUCUAAUGGAAGGAUUACUCAACAAGAAUUUACGGAUAUGGCAUGGCAAGCAAUUGUGUCUUCACCUGAUAUGGCGAAAGAGAAUAAGCAUCAAAUAGUGGAAACGGAGCAUUUGAUGAAAGCUUUGUUGGAGCAAAAGAAUGGACUUGCUCGUAGGAUUUUUUCUAAAGUUGGAGUUGAUAAUACUCGUCUUUUAGAAGCUACUGAUAAGUUUAUUCAACGCCAGCCUAAGGUUCUUGGUGAAUCUGCUGGUUCCAUGUUAGGACGUGAUUUGGAGGCUUUGAUACAGCGAGCCAGGGAAUACAAGAAAGAGUAUGGGGAUUCAUUUGUUUCCGUGGAGCAUUUGGUCCUUGCAUUUGCUCAGGAUCAACGAUUUGGAAAACAGUUGUUUAAGGAUUUUCAGAUAUCUCUGCAGACAUUGAAAUCUGCGGUUGAAUCAAUUAGGGGACACCAAUCAGUUAUCGAUCAAGAUCCUGAAGGGAAAUACGAAGCACUGGAGAAAUAUGGAAAAGAUUUGACCGCCAUGGCAAAAGCAGGAAAGCUUGACCCAGUUAUUGGAAGAGAUGAUGAGAUACGUAGAUGUAUUCAGAUUCUCUCUAGGAGAACAAAGAACAAUCCUGUGCUGAUUGGUGAACCAGGUGUCGGGAAAACUGCAAUUUCUGAAGGGCUUGCCCAGAGAAUUGUGCAAGGGGAUGUACCUCAAGCUCUGAUGAACAGAAAGCUAAUAUCCCUUGACAUGGGUGCACUGAUUGCUGGGGCAAAAUACCGAGGAGAAUUUGAAGAUAGACUGAAGGCUGUACUUAAGGAAGUUACAGAAUCAGAUGGUCAGAUUAUCCUUUUCAUUGAUGAGAUCCACACAGUUGUUGGGGCAGGUGCUACAAAUGGUGCAAUGGAUGCUGGCAAUCUCUUGAAGCCUAUGCUUGGUCGGGGAGAACUACGGUGCAUUGGUGCAACAACACUGGAUGAAUAUCGGAAGUACAUUGAGAAGGAUCCAGCAUUGGAGCGUCGUUUCCAACAAGUUUAUGUUGAUCAACCUUCAGUUGAAGACACAGUUUCCAUACUUCGAGGGCUGCGUGAAAGAUAUGAGCUGCAUCAUGGAGUUCGUAUUUCUGAUGGUGCACUUGUUGAAGCCGCUAUUCUGUCUGACCGUUACAUCAGUGGAAGAUUUUUACCUGACAAAGCUAUUGAUCUAGUUGAUGAAGCAGCUGCAAAACUGAAAAUGGAGAUAACGUCAAAACCUACUGCCCUUGAUGAAAUUGACCGUUCAGUACUGAAGCUGGAAAUGGAGAAGCUGUCUCUUACAAAUGAUACAGACAGAGCCUCAAAAGAUAGGUUGAACCGUCUUGAUGCUGAGUUGUCUCUGUUAAAGGAGAAACAAGCUGAGUUGACGGAGCAAUGGGAGCAUGAGAAGACAGUAAUGACUCGCAUUCAGUCAAUUAAGGAAGAGAUCGAUAGGGUAAAUCUUGAAAUUCAGCAGGCUGAGCGAGAGUAUGAUCUUAAUCGUGCUGCUGAACUGAAAUAUGGUAGCUUGAACUCUUUGCAACGGCAACUUGAAAAUGCUGAGAAAGAGUUGGAUGAGUAUAUGAGUUCAGGAAAGUCCAUGCUGAGAGAAGAAGUUACUGGAGAUGAUAUUGCUGAGAUUGUCAGCAAGUGGACUGGCAUUCCACUUUCCAAGCUCAAACAAUCUGAGAGAGAGAAGCUAUUACAUUUGGAGGAAGAGCUGCAUAAACGUGUGGUGGGUCAGGAUCCUGCAGUGAAAGCAGUAGCUGAAGCAAUUCAGAGAUCUCGCGCUGGUCUCUCAGAUCCUCGGCGUCCAAUUGCUAGCUUCAUGUUCAUGGGUCCCACUGGUGUUGGGAAAACAGAACUGGCUAAAGCACUAGCUUCCUAUAUGUUCAAUACUGAAGAAGCCCUUGUACGAAUUGACAUGAGUGAAUACAUGGAAAAGCAUGCAGUUUCACGUCUGAUAGGUGCCCCACCAGGUUAUGUAGGGUAUGAGGAAGGGGGACAAUUGACAGAGACAGUUCGCAGGAGGCCAUAUGCAGUUAUUCUCUUUGAUGAGAUAGAGAAGGCCCAUGCUGACGUGUUCAAUGUCUUCCUUCAGAUCUUAGAUGAUGGAAGGGUGACUGAUUCACAGGGUCGCACUGUUAGUUUCACUAACACUGUCAUCAUUAUGACUUCCAAUGUGGGCUCUCAGUACAUUCUUGACACAGAUGAUGACCUGCCAAAGGAGGUAGCAUAUGAAACUAUUAAGCAGAGAGUGAUGGAAGCUGCAAGAUCUGUCUUUCGACCUGAGUUCAUGAACAGGGUUGAUGAGUACAUAGUUUUCCAGCCUCUGGAUCGCAAUCAGAUAAACAGUAUUGUCAGAUUACAGUUGGAGCGUGUGCAGCAAAGGAUUGCAGACCGGAAGAUGAAAAUGCAGGUGAGCGAGGCGGCUGUGGAGCUUUUAGGGAGUCUUGGUUAUGACCCCAACUAUGGAGCUAGGCCAGUCAAGCGGGUGAUUCAGCAGUAUGUUGAAAAUGAACUUGCCAAGGGUAUCUUAAGAGGAGAAUUUAAGGACGAGGAUACUGUGUUAAUAGACACAGAGGUUACAGCAUUUUCAAAUGGCCAACUUCCCCAGCAAAAGCUACUCUUCAAGCGGCUUGAAACUAGUGCAGAUUCUUCUCCUGCAGAAAGUCGAGCUGUUUCACAAACUCGAUGAAUGCCUUUUGAGUUUAUGCACACAAUGAUGCGGUACAAGUUCUUUUUGGAAGAUCUUAAAUAGAUACUAAAUGAACUUUUCAUCUUGUACAAUGUUAUACUUAUAUAGAAAAUAUAAAGCCUCAAGGUAUAUUUUCUGCAUUGUUGAAGCAUUUCGAAGUUGUUUGGCUUAUUGAUAUUUAGUCAUCUAGAGGAGUCAUUGCCCUUUAAGCCUUUGGAGCACGCUAAUGACUCUGUACUUGAAAUAAGCAUAGCCAACAAAGCGAUGUGAGAAAUCUAAUAAAAGAAUGCCUUUCUUUUGAGAGUGUAUUUUUCA